AUUCAAUAAUACUUUAUCGAUCGUAUUAUUUUCAAGACAGUCCAUCUUCGAUAUUUUAAUAUAAAAUGCAAAUCGAAUGUGUCUCCAGACAAAAGAACUUUUAAUGUAACAAGUUCAUAUGUAUUAUCAGCGAAGCUUCCAACACAAAACACACUUGACCGUACUUUCCCAGCUCAUUGAUGAAAAUUAAUUGUAGCUGCUUUAUUCUCCACACUAAUAAGCUCAUUUUUGCAACAAAGCAUCAAUUCUCGUGAAGGCGAGACGAGGCUUCUACGAGGACGAGGAGCGUCGACGCAUGUCAGAGAGAGGGCACUUGGAAUUUUAUUUAAAUGCUGGCGUACUAAAUCGGGCCCGAAGCGAAUAAAUAGAGGAUGGAGCGGUGGCGGUGUCAAUGUGGCGGUGUAGGCACAGGGAAAGUGCGAUCGCUGUCCUAGGCUCGGGCCUAGCGAGCUUUGCCCCCGCACAUUCAUGAAAAUCGCGAGUGCGCCCGUCCGACAGCGGAUUAGCCCCGGUCGCGCAUGCGCGCCCCACCGGAGAUUCCCGCGCGUUCGUCGAUUGUUAGGCAGUAGCGCGCGAGCUACGAGUUAGGAUACUCAGCGAGUCCGGGAGCUCACGACUAUUCGUUAGCCCAUCCUCGUGGAGCUUUGGUAAACAAUCGGACGACAUCAUGAGUGAAUGCAGCAAAAAGGGGCGGCACGCCAACGGUGUCAUGGCUCCUUACACCAAUGGCAAAGGACCGUCGAUCGAGGAGAGCCUCAGAUACAUCAGACAGUCUUUAAAGUCGGAAGAAAUGGAUUACCUAGAGGGUACACAUUUCGAUGGUUUAUUUCCUCACGUUUUCGUCACUCUUGGUGCCUCGGGCGAUCUGGCGAAAAAGAAAAUCUAUCCAACUUUAUGGUGGCUGUUCCGGGACAAUCUGUUACCUCAGGCGACGACGUUCAUUGGCUACGCCCGGAGUGAUCUCACGAUCCAGACGCUGCGUACCUUUUGCGAGCCCUACAUGAAUGUGCAAUCAGGUGAGGAGGAGCGCUACGAGGAAUUCUGGCGGCUAAAUUACUACGUUAUGGGCUCCUACGACGAUAAGAGGGACUUCGACACGCUUAACCGGGAGAUCGAGAAGCACGAGACGGGCCAAUUCGCGAAUCGGUUAUUUUAUUUGGCACUUCCGCCUUCGGUCUUCGAGAACGUCACCGUACACAUCAGACAGAUUUGCAUGGCAAGAAAAGGCUGGACGAGAAUAAUAAUCGAGAAGCCGUUUGGUCGCGACGUCUUGUCCUCGCAGAAACUCUCGAAUCAUCUUGCAUCUCUCUUCACCGAAGAGCAAAUUUACAGAAUCGAUCACUACCUUGGUAAAGAAAUGGUCCAGAACUUGAUGACUCUGAGAUUUGGGAAUCGAAUCUUCAGCCCGACAUGGAAUCGGGAGAACAUCGCAUCGGUGCAAAUUACGUUUAAAGAGCCGUUCGGCACACGUGGCAGAGGUGGUUACUUUGACGAAUUUGGUAUUAUUCGAGAUGUCAUGCAAAAUCACUUGCUGCAAAUAUUGUCGCUCGUCGCUAUGGAGAAGCCGGCUUCUUGUCAUCCCGACGACAUCAGAAAUGAAAAGGUAAAAGUAUUGAAGUGCAUAAAGCCGGUAAGCAUGGAGGACGUAGUGCUCGGUCAAUAUAUUGGCGAUCCAGAGGCGAAAGAUGAAGAAGGGAAACUGGGCUAUUUGGAUGAUAAAACUGUGCCUGCCAAGUCGAAUACUCCGACUUUUGCCAUGGCUGUACUAAAAAUUAAUAACGAACGAUGGGAUGACGUACCAUUUCUUCUCAGAUGUGGCAAAGCCUUAAAUGAAAGAAAAGCUGAAGUGAGAAUUCAGUAUCAAGACGUCCCCGGUGAUAUUUUUGAUGGAAAGGGAAAAAGAAAUGAACUUGUUAUUAGAGUACAGCCGGGUGAAGCAUUGUACAUAAAAAUGAUGACCAAAUCACCUGGAAUUACGUUUGAUAUGGAAGAAACAGAAUUAGAUUUAACCUAUGGCAAUAGAUAUAAGGGUCUUAAAUUACCCGAUGCUUAUGAAAGACUGAUUCUAGAUGUUUUUUGUGGCUCUCAAAUGCAUUUUGUUCGUAAUGACGAACUCAGUGAGGCUUGGAGAAUUUUUACUCCACUACUUCAUCAAAUUGAGAGACAGAAAAUUUCUCCCAUCGAAUACAAAUAUGGGUCCCGUGGACCAAAAGAAGCUGAUAAAAUGGCAAAGCAAAAUAAUUUUGCUUAUUAUGGAUCAUAUAAAUGGGUUCGACCACAUUAAAUUUCAUAUUUAUAUUUUUAUAUAAUAAAUUGCACACAUUGUCAACUGUAAACGAAUCUGUGAUUGUUAUAAAUACCUGAAAAUUUUAUAUGCAGGUUUUAUUUAAGA